ACUUAAUUUCUUCUAAAUCUCUCACUUCAGUAUGGAAAUAUUUUCUGACGAUAAUAAAAGUAAUGAGUUUGCACGAACUAAGACAAACCUUGCAAUACUACUUAACAGAACUUCUUUUUAAAAAGUGGCAAUUAUUGUCUUGUUAAACAAUUAUAAUCAUUUAAACAUCUUUAAUGUAAGGAAUAUUUGAAAGGCUUUAAUAAACUGUCAUUUAAAGAAAAAUACUGCUAGAUGACAGAGGAAUUUUUUGCAAAAACUGUGUAAAUAAAUAAACAUAGCUAAUAUCACCUUAAAAAUAAUUUAUUCCGAUAAAUAUACUAGAAAUAAAAUAUUUAAUAAAAAACGCACACAAAUUCGUAAACAAAUUCAAAUCUUAAAACAUGAGAAAAUCCUUGUACCGUUAAAAUCCUAACAGAUUGCUUUUUGUCAGAACGAGUCCAUGCUACAAAAAGUCAACCAGGGAGAAAAAAGGUAACAAAAUCUGGUUUACAAUUGCACAUGUUUUUCAACAUGUCAAACAUGGAAGCUGCAAGAUUUGCCGCGAGGCGGCGCAAUUAUCGCGGCGUGAAACAAGAUGACCCGUCUGAUUUCAUAGCGAAUUAAGAAGCAAUCGGGUGGAAAGAUUCCGACCAAUACGCUUCAUUGGUCACUAUCGUCCAGAGGAGUCACCCAGAGAAUAAAAGCAGGGGUAGAUGUGAGAGGCAGCAUCAAAUCGUACUCUUGUGUCAAAGUGACAAUGUCUCAGAAACUAACAGAAAUCUGUAACAUGGGGAGUGAGGUAGAAUAUGAGAUCAACGUGGACACUCUGGAGGAUACGGAGGCCAAUGACAGCGGUAUAAGCGAUGUAGACCUCUCCACAGACUAUUGUAACACCUCUUGUGACCAGACCCCGCCCUCCAAAUCCCGCGUCCCUGAGGAUAUCCGACUCCGGAUAAACAGUCGGGAACGGGAUAGGAUGCAUAACCUAAACGGCGCCCUGGACAGUCUACGGCAGGUGCUUCCCCACUCACGCGGACCCAGCGUCAAGAAGCUGUCCAAACUGUCCACGCUGUUACUGGCAAGGAACUAUAUCGUGACACUGACCAAAUCACUGGAGGAACUUAAGAACAUCGUGGGGGACUUGUCCUGUAAGUCUCAGCCUGUUCAAUCUCUCGAAGCUCUGUCCAGACUGUCUGGUGAACCCCGAGAAUCUAGGACACCGUCCCGACCGGGAGUGAUCCCAAAGUCAAGAUAUUCCCCGUAUUCAGUCAAAUCUCCUCACCGCCAGGAGAGACCGACAUUGCCAGUGUCCUGUUUGAAUACAAGCCUCGGUGUGAACGUGAACACAAGCCUCGGUGUGAACUUGGGGAAUUCUGUGCCUUUUGCAGACAAAACCAAUGUUCGAGGACCCCAGAAAACGGACGACAAACCCAAGAUCAACUUCUCUGUGGAAUCGUUGCUUAAGAAAACGUGUAGUAAAGAAGAUAAUAAACUUGAAUCGAGCGCUUACCACGGGCACCUGUCGAAUGGAGGUCCGAUUCCCUUACCUACAUAUUCCUCGGUCCACCCUAGUCCAUUCUUUUACAGACAUUCAGCGACUUAUCCAAAUCAACCAGUGGGGGUGACGUAUAUUUGAGCGUGUACGACUAUUAGUCAGCCUUGUCUCGAGAACUUGUUGAAUUGUGAUAGAUGUUGUACAUAGAGAUAUUUAAAUUAUUAUCAUGUAAAUAAUGCAAAUAA